GCUUACAAAGUUAGUAGAGAUGUCUGGUCGUGGUAAAGGCGGGAAGGGGCUUGGCAAAGGUGGUGCUAAGCGCCACCGAAAGGUACUCCGUGAUAACAUCCAGGGCAUUACGAAGCCUGCUAUCCGUCGCUUAGCACGUCGUGGAGGAGUAAAACGUAUUUCUGGGCUGAUCUACGAGGAGACUCGUGGAGUGCUGAAGGUUUUCCUGGAGAACGUCAUCCGGGAUGCUGUGACUUACACCGAGCACGCCAAGAGAAAGACCGUGACUGCUAUGGAUGUGGUGUACGCUUUGAAACGCCAAGGCCGUACUCUGUACGGAUUUGGCGGCUAAACUAGCUGCAAAUUGCCACAGUAGCUUUAGCAACAAAUAACCCAAAGGCCCUUUUAAGGGCCACCCACUUCUUCAAUAAAGAGCUGUAUUUGCUGUUACAAA